CGGUGCUCCGCCUUUAAAUAAUCCGAGAGUCUUUCAUAUAGCUGAACAUUUCACCAAGUACCAAACUCAUCGCAACACCUGUGCCCCCUCCUUAACAUUGUGAUUUCUAUUAGUUAAUUUCAGGUAAUUUGAGCACCAGCUGUGAUGGACCGCUGGAGGGGUAAAGUGGCUCUGGUGACCGGAGCCUCAGUGGGGAUUGGUGCCGCCAUAGCUAAGGAGCUGGUCCUCCAGAGCAUGACAGUGAUUGGCUGUGCCAGGGACCUGGAAAAACUACAGAAAGUGGCUGCUGAGUGUAAAAGUGCCGGCCACAGCGGCGUUUUUGUGCCCUACAAGUGUGACCUGAGCAAAGAGGAGGAGAUUCUGUCCAUGUUUUCUGCCAUCAAAGCUCAGCACAAAGGUGUGGAUGUGUGCAUCAACAACGCUGGCCUGGGUCAUGCUGACUCACUGCUGGACGGAAAAACAAGCGGCUGGAAGAACAUGCUGGAUGUGAAUGUUCUUGCGUUGUCAAUUUGCACACGUGAAGCCUACCAGUCAAUGAAAGAAAGAAAUGUUGACGAUGGGCAAAUCAUCAACAUCAACAGCAUGAGUGGACAUCAAGUGUUUAAUUUUGUGGAAACACAUUUCUACACUGCCACCAAGUUUGCAGUGACGGCCCUGACCGAGGGUUUGAGACAGGAGCUGCGUGGGGCCAAGACUCACAUCAGAGCCACCUGUAUCUCUCCUGGUUUGGUGGAGUCUGAAUUUGCGAUGCGGUUCUAUGGUGGUGAUGCUGAAAAAGCUGCUGCUCCUUUUGCUAAUCUAAAGGCAUUGGAAGGCAUUGAUAUUGCAAAUGCAGUCACUUACAUCCUGAGUGCCCCUCCACAUGUGCAGAUUGGAGACAUCCUGAUGGCACCUGUGGAGCAGGACUUGUAGUAUCACACAUCAUGGCUGAAAAAUAAUCUGAUUUUCCACAUUUUUAAAAUCUAUAACUGAUUAUUAAAUUUGUAGUGAAACAAUGCAGAAACAGCAGAAUAAAAUGGCACAUUUGAUCAGAAAUCUGUAGCUCUCGAACAUUUUUAUUUUCAGCAUUGAAUUUGAUCAUAGUGAGGCUGUAAGUACACAAAGAUGAAGAGUAAAUAGACUUUAAAGGAUUUACUUAAUAUGCCCCUUUUUCCUCUAAACAGGCAUUAAUACGCUGCCAGUGCAGCCUUCAAGAGAACUUAAGAGUUUAAGUCUUUCCCACAGAUCUUUUGACACUGGUAUUUGUAGCAUCUGCAUUUGGUGGAAUGGAUCGCUCUGCAAUUUGAUGGUUCAAGACACAUUUUGAGUUUUCUUUAAGCAGUGAAAAUUCACAGAGCAGAAAGACAGAUUUACAAGAGAGGGUAGUAACAAAGUUAGAAAUCCAAUCCAUACAGAAAAAGCCAGGCUAGACAAAAUCAAAGCUAAUUGCUAAGCUAUCAGGAAAGCUACCAGCUAAACUAAACAUCUCAAGCAUGCAAAAGGAAAUGAGUCAAAAACAAACAUACAUAUACACACAUG